AUGUUCGAGUCCGGCACACGCUCGUCCUCCCCCCUGGAGCCUCGGUUCCCGAACGGCCUGCAGCACGUGAAGAAGACAAACAUGCCGCCACCGACACCCCGCCACCCCGCCAGGCGUCAGCAGCAACAACAACAGCUGCGGCAGCACUACCCCCCCGCGGCAGGCCGGCGGCCCGCUCCGACAACGACGACGGUGGCAGCGCCGAUGCGCAUCCCCACCGUGUCGGAGGCUUCGAUGAUGGGGCAAGUUGGAGCCCGAGGAGGCAACAUGAGGCGCGGUCGACGCGGCAUCCAGAUCACCAUCAGCACCAACAAGGGCUCCUUCUUCCUCCACGACAGCAGCCACGUUAUCGCCGCCGCUGCCAACGGCAGCGGCAGCAAGGGUGAGGACGACGACGCGAAAGCGCACCGGCGGCGGCGGCUCGUCCCUCGCUCCUGCGAGCACUGCCGGAUGCCGUACAUCCCCAAGAGCGCUGCCGCGGCUCCGGUGUCGUCGUCAACCUCAGCCGACAACAGUAGCAGCGGGGUUGCGGCGGGCGGCGGCGAGGAGGCUAGUGUCGAGGCGUCGUCUCGUGGAAGUUCUCGGAGCAGCUGUGGUGGUGCUAGCGCGGGAGCAGGCGUCGUGCUGGAGGGUAGCUUGGCGGGCGGGAGUAGCUUGGGGUCGUUGGCGUCGUCGUUGGCGGCGAAGACUUCCGACAACGACAACAACAGCAAGAGCGAGAGCGGCAGCUGCGACAAGGGCAAGAAGGAGGGGCCGUUCUCCCCCCUGUCCCAGCUCAUCGGCGACAGGACCGCGCGCCCAUCGCCGGCCUCCAGCAGCAGCAGCACCGCCACCUCCCGCCAGAGCAGCACCAACGGCGGCGCGUACAGCAGCAGCUCGGGCUACCGCGGUAGUAGUAGUGGCGGCUCCAGUAACCGUGGCGACAACACCGAUGCCAACAGUGAGGAGGGAAGGUUCUGCUCCGGAGAGUGCAAGAUGAGCUACAUGCUCAUGAACCCCGCCGCCAUCCGUAGGCGGAGGGCGGCGCACGCCGCGCGCAUGGCCAUGCGCGCCGCCCAGAUCGAGGUUAGCAUAGAGAGGUCGAGACGGGUGGCGGAGGAACGGAGGCAAGCGGCACGGCGAGUCGAGUCCACCCCGGGCGGCGGCGGCGGCGGCGGCGGCUGCUGCUAAGGUGGUCGCUCCACGACGACUCGUUCAUUGUGAGAUGAGGAGAGGUGAAUAGAAGCGAGUCAUAUGUGCAGCCCUCCCUCCCCCCCCCUGUGAUGUCCCGGUCGCGCCCCCCCCCU